GCUUAUCCUCUUUCCCCAUCUUCCAUACUUUCCAUACUUUUGAAAAAUGAUAUUCAACAGAAUAAAUCAUUUUCCAUUUCCAGGUUUCAAGAUAGGGUCCGGGGUUGGCUCAUUGGAAUAUAACGUGGGGUGAUCAUAUUUUUUACCCUGUUCUUGUGAUGGAUGAGUCAGAGAUUACCAAGUUCAGCUUAAAUGUCAAGAAGGAUGAAAAAGAUGGGUCCCCAAGGGGAUUGAAUCCAGCAAUCUCUAAAUUUUUUGUGCAGCUCCCUAACAAGCUUCAGAAUAUUCUACAGUCACGGCUAAGUAGAUUAGCAAAGCAGAAUGGAAUAAAUUGGAUGAGAUCUGUUCAGAGAAAUGGAGAUGGGUCUUUCGAUGCCUCUGAAGCUGAACUAGCUGAGCAACUGCGAGCAUGGAAAGAAAACCCUUCUUGGGUUGAUAAGCCGCCGCAAAUAAAGGUGACUGUUCCCAAAGGCUCACUUUGCAGCCUCAAUGCAGAAGUUGAUGUUGGGCUACCCCCUGGUGCAGUAUAUAAUAUAGUGAUAGAUCCUGACAAUAGAAGAGUUUUCAAGAAUAUCAAAGAAGUGUUAUCCAGAAAAGUUUUGGUUGAUGAGGGUCACAGGCAAGUGGUUGAUCUUGAGCAAGCAGCCAUUUGGAGAUUUCUGUGGUGGUCUGGUACUAUUUCGAUUAAUGUUUUAGUAGACCAAAACAGAAAAGACUACUCUAUGAAGUUCAAGCAAACCAAGACUGGAUUCAUGAAGAAGUUUGAGGGCUGCUGGAGGGUAGAGCCUUUAUUUGUUGAUGAAGCAACAUGUUAUCCCUUUAAACCCGUGACAAAAGAAGAUUAUAAUGUGUGUACAAGAGGCAAAGGAAGAAUUGGGUCUAAAGUUAGCCUGCAACAGAUACUUCAACCGGCCGUUGUCCCUCCCCCUCCCAUAUCAUGGUAUUUGAGGGGAAUUACAGCGCGAACAACUGAGAUGCUGGUAACUGAUCUGGUAGAAGAAACUGUAAGAAUCAGAGGAGGAUAUGAAGCUGAAAAGUCUAUAGAGGAGGAGUUUGGGGGAAAACCUGGCAAGAACGUUGACCUAAUUGAUAACACUAGUGACAUUAAAGAAAGAUGGAUUUUACGUAGAAAAAAUGCAAAGCAGGGUUAUAGGAAACUGCAGUCUGCUAAAUGAUCAUUGAUUUUCCUAUGUCUAUUUAUUAUUUUCGAGUAAUUUAUCUAGAUUGCUGCAUAGAAGUUCAUUUUACUAGAGGAUUAUAAUGUAUGCAUCUUAUUGCAUAAUGUUACGGUCACUAAUUUUCAACUUAUUGCAUUGCAUUCCUGUUAGAUAA